UUUUCGUAAAAUUGGUCAACAACGCGUCACGUCUCCUCGGUUCAGGCGGGCUCGUUUGAAACAGCAGCAACGUCUUCAGUCGUCCCGAUGUGUGAUAAAAGUGACUUUUAUGAGUUUGUCGUGUGAAUACGAUUAAGUAGACACAUGUUUACAUUUAAAGCAAGGUCGACUUAAGAUAGCGCAGCAAAGAAGAGUUUUUGUGUGAGUGUUUACACAACAACAACAACCUGAACACGUUGUUGUGGUUGAUGUUUUCUAGCUGAACAAGAAAUAGUUUUCAUCUCCUAAUUUCACAAACAAUGGACCGACCAGCAAGGAAGUCAAAGGUUGUGAAUUACUGUGAAGCCAAAGACUUUGAUGACGAUGAGGAUUUUGCCUGCGCGAAGGCUCCGCCCAGUAAAAAGGCGAGGGAGGACGUAAAGAUGGAGCACAGACGAUCUUUGAGCAAGUCCUCCAGUCAAGAGUCCAACUUCCAAACCUCAGUGAUCCAGAAGAGCAGAAGACCACUGGAUGAGCGGUUGCAAGAGAGAGAUCUAGAAGCAGCAAUAACACUAUCCAUGCUCAAUAGUGCAGAUGAGAAAAAGGACCAACCUCUACCCACUAAAGGAGAUGCCAAGCUUCAUGUUCCUGCUGAUGAAAAUACAGAUCCAACUUCUCUGCACAUUUCAAACUGCAGCGUGGACAUUGCAGUUUUAGGCCUGGAUGAAAUCACGCCAGUAAGAGGGUCCCUUCCUCCUUCCAGACAGAAAAAGGCUGCGGACAAGGAUCAGUGGAAAAAGCCUGCUGAAGAAGAUGAAGACUAUAAGCCCAAACUGACACCAGAUUCAGAAAGUGAUGAAGAUUUCAGUGAACCAGCCGAGAGCGACGAUGAGGAGUUCACAGUGAAGAAGGUCAGCAAAACAAAAAAGACGGAGAAAGUUACCAAGACAACGCAGCCUCAAACUGUGUCGAAGAAAGAAAAGCAACCCCCCAAAUCAACGAAACCAAAACCACAGGCGGCAGCCGCUUCACCACCAGUGAGAAGUCCUCCAACGGAAAAACUUGCACCCAAAAGACCUGCUCCGACACCUGUGGUCCCCAAGUCCAAACCUGCAGUGUCUGUGAGCCCAGCGGGGGGCAGAGUACCCAAGUGGACCCCACCAGGUCAAGUCGGUAGAAGUCUCAACUCAUCUCUGAGUCCUGCUGGAAGGUCCCCAGGUCAGGGUCUGCGGCUGGGACUGUCCCGUCGUGUGCGAGUCAAACCUCUGCACCCGAGCGUUACGAGCCACUGACUGAAACGUGUGUGGGUGCAGUCGACAGAGUCCAGUUCUUGUUGUCCUUUUAGCUUUACGUCUUAUUCUGAAGAUGUUUGCAGGUAAUUGUUUCUGUACAGGAUGUUUUUUGCACCUUCAGUUUGAUUUGGCAACAGAGUAAAGAGGUUCAGGAACAGGGACAAGGCUUUGUUGUCUCUCACAGUGUCAUCAUCACAUCCAUAUCCGGAGAGAACUGGUGUGUGUCGAUUCUUCUCCCAUCAGAGUUCACGUCUCAGAUUCAGGAAAAAUGUGGGUUGUCCAUUUCUUUUUAAAUCUCCUAAUUUCUCCCUUCUGUUCCAUUGUGAGUCCAGACUGUAUAUUAUGUACAUAUAUAUGAUAACAAUAAAAUUUAAAAGCAA